AGGUACCAGAUCUUAUUUUGUUAGUACGCAGGUGGAUGAAGUGCGAUUGAAUUCUUAUCAAUUAAUCAAAUUUUGAAUUUUUUUCUCAUGCUUAUUUUUAAAAUUUUUGAACUAGUGAACCCGUGUGGCUAACCCAACCGGUCACAGGCUGCAAUUUGAUGGUGCUACCGGGUGACCCAGUUGUUCGAGCAACGUUAGACCGCAGCAAAACUGAUAUUUUGUAUCAACUCCGGAAGUUCCAGAACAUAAUAUGACGGAAUUCGUAUCCAAUGUAUUCGACGUUGCUUGUCCAAACCCUUUAAAAUUGCAAGAAAUCUCAUCAUUGGCUAUCGUUGCAGAGCUAUGGCAAAGGGAAAUCCGUUCGCAUCUCAAGAGCGAUGCGGUCAUUCAAUUGCGACCUGGUUAUAUCAUUACAGUAUCAGAAUAUUCGAGAUUGAUUAUCCUGAUUGGAACGAAGUUUUAAGCAUGUUCCAUGAUUUCGCAUUGGACUGGGAUGGUACCAUUCAUGAAGUGCGCACAGCUAAACGAAUGCUGCUGUGCGAUCGAAUCGGUAUUAAUGUAAAAUUCAGGAUCGCUUGCUUGUACUGUUUCGAAGAUGAUAUAAAACGGAUUUGGCCUUCUGUCAGCUCAACGAUGAAUUUGGAUAGAUUGUCUUUUACCGAAUUUCCACAGUUGUACUACUGGACCUGCUUGCUCAGUGAUAAACCACACAUGGUUCCUAAUAUUGGUGAAACGGUGUUUUCACAGUUCUAUAAAACCGCAUCAAUGGAUUAUUCAUCUGCACUGUACUAUUGGAAUCGCAUACCUUUGGAAAGUCAGUCGCAAAAAUUCAUUCGCGACUUAUUAGACAAUAAUCCGAAAUUAUUCUCCAGGUUCAUCUUACCUAAACUAAAUGAACCGAAACUCGUAGAGUUUAUUGCUCGAAAUGUCGAGCGUUUGAUAAGAACACUGUUGAACGGCCAUGAACAUGAGGAAAGAGACCGGCUUGUUCUUCCAACAUGGAUGUACAUUAGAAACAAGAUCGAUAAAAAGACUUUCGUUCAUCUAAUAAAGAAUUUGCUAGUAAAAGAAGCUUUUGAUAUUCAACCCCGGGAACAACUGAUAUAUCAAAGCGAAGUAUCUCCGUGGUGCGAGAUAUGGAAUAGUGCCGCUCAGAUUUUAAAACAGGCCGUAUUUGAUGAUAUCUUGCUCAAGGAUAGCGAAUACUUAUUUAGACCAUAUGAUUUUCCAAGAGCAUCCAGCAGACAAACGAGACUCUUAAUGGCUGUCCUAUCGGAUGCCAGUUUUCAAGAGAGGAGCACAUUUUGGAGCAAAAAUUGGCCGUCUUUGAUCUUGGGCACGUGUGUAGAAGAUUUACUUGAAAUAAUGAAAUUGUGUUUCAGGAAUGAGGAGGAGAUAGCUUUAUUCAAAGAAAACACCUUGUUUAAAUAUGAGAAUAUCAGGCCAUAUCUCACAUUCGUGCUGGAGCGUCCUGAACGUAAAUAUUAUUUUAGAGAAGUGGAUAGAUUUUUGUAUUUUUGUAAUUCGGAUGCGCAAAAAAUAAUGGAGAUGAAACAACGAUUUCUGCAUGAUCCAAAUAAUGGUAUUCCUCAUGGAUUACCUUUAUCUCGGAACGAGGAAUCGUUAAAUAAGUUUUUGAAUGAUACCGUCUGGAAAAUGCAGAUGAGUUUACCGAUAGCUAUUAAAUUCAUCUUCUAUACGUAACCGAACAACUGAAUAAUGUUUACUGUGGGAGUAAAAUGAUCACUUUUUCAUAUCUCUCAUCUAGUCUGUUAUGUUGAGAAUUGGGUGUACCUAGACCUACCUAAUGAUGUCAAGUCAUGAGCUUAUUACGAUUUUUAUUUUUAUUACUUUAGGUAUCUAUUAAUUGCGUUUAAAGUGUUACAAUAAAUGUAACCUAUUAUUUCAA